AUGCAACGCUCGGUCGUCUCCCGUUUAGCUCGCCAUGGGGGCAUGGCCCUUUCGGAUCUACCUCCUGCCUAUCUCGCCCCUUCCCUCCACUUCUCGACGAUGCGAAACAACGUGCAAUCCUCGAAUUUCUCCACGACUCCCGUCGCCGCCGCUCGUGGUGGACGCGACAUGAACCGAACCCGUGGCGUGUCAGCCAUCCACCGGACUGGUCCCAGAUUUAAGCUGAGCGCUUCGAAAUACCCUCUGCCUCAACCUGUUUCGCCUGCGAAUAUACAAAAGCGCAGCACUCCUGAGCAUGGACUCUGGGCAUUCUUCCCUCCAUCACGCGAGGCAUUGAGUGUUCCAGAAUUUGAUAUGGACUUUGGCCGCCCUUGGGCUAUCCAAGAACUGCGCGAGAAGAGCUGGGACGAUUUGCACAAGCUGUGGUGGGUUUGUGCCAAAGAGCGCAAUCGCAUUUCCACCUCCGACUACGAGCGAGAGCGAUUGAAGCCAGGUUACGGUGACCACGAGGCUCAAGCGCGUGACCGAGCUGUCGUCGUCACCCAAAAGAGCAUCAAGCACGUUCUGCGUGAGCGCUGGUACGCCUGGGAGGAGGCCACACGCCUGUAUGAUCAAGGAGUCCGCCCGGAGGGCCAGGAUUACGGAGAUAUGAUGGAAGAGGAAGUCCCUGAACAGACCCCAGAGGUCACCAAGGAGGAUGCCAAGGAUACCAAGGCAUGA